AUGAAUUGGAUAAAUAGCGAGGGUAAAAUGAGACGACAUGAGAUCAUGAGUGGCUUCAUUGAAAUGCGAAAAGUAAAUUUUGAUUUGACAAAAAGUCAAAAAACCUUCCACCAUCUGUUGAAAGAUCUAAGUAAUGUCUUCAUAUCACGAGAAUUUAAAAAUAAAGAGAUCUCUAUCAUGUUCCACUUUAAAAAGUAG